CACCAGUCGCCACAACCUCUCUCUCUCCUUCCUCUGUAAACUCUCUCUAACCUUCAGAAAACGUAUCAAUGGCUAUUGAAGCAAGUCAUUUGAAUCUAUUCGCUUCUCAAUUUGUUAACAACAGAGAAUGCGUUAAAUCUCAACCCAACAUGAACAACGAAAUCGCCGGCGAUUUUCCGGUAACAUUCGAUGAUCGGCAGUUACCGUAUAUACAGUCUCGCGCCAUAGAUCCGAUUCAAAUCGCAGCAAGUUUCAACAAAUCAGAAAGCGGUCUCACGUAUAAUUUUAACCAAUCUCCAGCGAUACCCAAACGUCAGAGAGAUUCAACGUUUGACUCCGACGCUCUAAUGGCAGCUCAGAAACGGAGAUUAAUCGCGUUUGAAACGUCGGCGUCUGCGUCUCUAAUCGACGCGGAACUCGUUUCUCAGAUCCAACAACAACAAUCAGAAAUCGACCGAUUCGUCGCUUACCAAACGGAAACGCUCAGAUUAGAAUUAGAAGCGAGGCAGCGAACGCAAACGCGGAUGUUAGCGUCAGCGGUUCAAUCGGCGAUUGUGAAAAAGCUUAAAGCGAAAGACGACGAGAUUGUACGGAUGGGGAAGCUGAAUUGGGUUUUACAAGAGCGAGUGAAGAAUCUCUACGUCGAGAAUCAGAUCUGGCGGGAUCUCGCUCAAAGCAAUGAAGCUACAGCUAACAAUCUCCGAUCAAAUCUCGAGCAACUUUUAGCUCAGGUCGAUGAUUUCUCUGCAACGGCGACCGUUCGUCCUCCGGUAGAAGACGAUGCGGAAUCUAGCUGCGGAAGCUGCGACGGAGCCGACGGCGAUGAUGUUACGGCGGUGACCGGAGGAUGUAGACGGUGCGGUGAAAGAACGGCGAGUGUGUUGGUGUUGCCUUGCCGCCAUUUGUGUUUGUGUACGGUUUGUGGAUCGGCUCUGUUACAGGCGUGCCCUGUUUGUGAUAUGGUCAUGAAUGCUAGUGUACAUGUUAACAUGUCAUGACCAUAAUUUUUUUUAAUUUAAGUUAAAUUUUUUUUCCGUUUUUUUUGUUAUAAUUUUCUUUUUUUUUUAGUGAAGGGAUAAAUAGCAAACUAGGGGACAAAAAAGAAGGAGAAGUAUAUGACUCUCCUUUUUUUAUAACCUUUGAUUAUGGAAUUGAUUCAUUUUUUGUAGUUUUGUAAAAUCUUAUUAACUACAAUUUGUUUUUCUUCAUUCGCACGGAAGUAUAUAGAUAUACAAUUUGUUUUAAAUCAA